AUGGAGAUCUAUGACAGUCGUUACUUUGUGCACGCUAAACGCUUUCAAGAACUAUUAGGUAUCUGGCCCUACCAGAGCCGCUUAAAAAAUAAUUGCAGCUGGGUUAUAUUGAGUUUUCUAUUCAUCGCUAUGAUAAUACCUCAAAUCGUAGGUCUGUCCGUCCACGCUGGGAAAGACAGCAAAAGGACUUUGGAGUGCACCUUUGGAACGUGCUACAUGCUUGCGAUCUACAUGAAGUUGCUCGUAGCUUGUGCCGACAAAGACAAGGCAAAGUUCAUAUUCGAAUAUACGGCCAGAAAUUUCAAGAAGAUCAACGACAACGACGAGCGUAAAAUUCUCAUAGAGUACUCCGAGAGAGGAAGAUUGAUAGGCGUCGUUUAUACAAUUUUCGUGCUAGCUGCACUUGGCGUGUUCGUUGUGGUGCCUCUAGCUCCGGGUAUCCUGGACGUGAUACUGCCAUUGGAAAAUGGCACGCGUAGCAAGUUCUUCAUUCUAAACGGUGAGUUCCUCGUCGACAAGACCGAAUACUUCAUCGAGAUAUAUGCGUUCGAUAGUAUCUGCUGCAUCGUGACGGUGCUAAUCAUAUGUGCGACGGAUCCACUGUACGCUGCGAUCUUGGAGCAUUGUCUGGCGAUUUUUGCUAUUGUUAAGCUUCGAUUGAGAAAGUAUAGGGUGAGAAAAGGAUUGAAGUGCGUAAGCGCCGAUGAGGCGGAGUACGAGGCCAUUAUCAGGGCAGUCCAGUUGCAUAGGGAAAUUAUUGCGUUUAUAGAAACUAUUCAAAACAAUUGCUCGUUGUAUUUUGCUUUUGAAAUGGGAGUUACGUUGAUCAGCUUUACGGUAAAUUUCGUUUUGGCUGUAUUGAAGACUCCGGACUUGUUUGAUCGCCUGCGACUGGCUAUGGUUCUAUUCGCUCAGGCAGUACAUUUAUUUUAUAUUACGUGGCCAGGGCAGAAACUUAUAGAUCAUGGCGAAGAUCUGUUUAAGGAAACGUACUUCAACGAUUGGUACAAAAGUUCGGUCAAAUGUCAAAAAGCGUUGCGAUUCAUGUCGCUAAGAUGCAGCAAGCCCUGCAAGCUCUCGGGCGCAGGGGUAUACGUGUUGAACUUCGCUUACACCCUAUUGAUUUUGAAAACAUCCGCCUCGUACAUCACAGUGGUAGCUCAAUUUGAAUAUAAAAUUGUCGCUUAG